AUGAUUCUAAUUCAGAUUCACACUUUCUUCUUUACAGGAACAAACAUUAUAAACAACGAUGAGUUGAGGAUUGUGAUGUUGGGGAAGACUGGGAAGGGAAAGAGCGCUUCUGGAAACACCAUCCUGUGUCGACCGUGCUUUCAGUCCAAAUGCAGUGCCACUUCCCUGACUGUAAACUGCUCUAGAGGCUCCAGUAAUGUGGAUGGACAGCAGGUUGCUGUCAUUGAUACUCCAGGUCUGUUUGACACCAGAUUUGGAGAAGAUAAAACCAUCAAAGAUCUGAGUCAGUGCAUCUGUUACGCUUCUCCUGGGCCCCACAUCUUCCUGGUGGUCGUUGCAAUCGGCAGAUUCACAGAAGAGGAACAACGGUCAAUGCAAAUGAUUCAAAAAAUCUUUGGAGAGGCAGCAGACAAAUACAGCAUGGUUCUGUUUACCCAUGGAGACGACCUUGAGGGCACCAUUAAAUAUUAUUUGUCUGAAAGCCCAGAGCUGCAAGAUUUGGUGUCCAGAUGUAACGGCCAGUAUCAUGUCUUCAACAACAAGCUGGAAGAUAAGAAACCUCAGGUCACUGAGCUGCUGAAGAAGAUCAGAACCAUUGUUGACAGGAAUGGAGGAAGUCACUACACCAAUGAGAUGUUCCAAGAGGCUGAGAGGAAAAUCGAAGAGGAGAAACAACGCAUCAUGAAGGAGAAGGAAGAGAAAAUCCGUAAAGAGAAAGAAGAACUGGAGAGAAAAAUAAGAGAAAAGUAUGAGGAAGAGAUGCAAAAAAUACAGGCUGAGAGUGAGAGACAGCUUGAAACCUUAAAAAAACAACUGAAUGAAAAGCUGGAGAGAGAAAUUCGAGCAGAAAAAUCCAGGCUGCAGUCUAAGUUUGAAUCUGAGGUCAGAGAUCUAGCUGUGCGAAAUAAUAUUCUCUAUUCUAUGAUUAAAACUGGAGAACACAUUAUUGGAGCUUUUAAAAACCUUGUUAAUAUUUUUGAAAGCUUGGAUAAAUAG